GGAGCGGAUACUUAUCUCUCUCUCUCUCUCUCUCUCUCUGCGCGCGCGUGUGUAUAUAUUAUAUAUAUUAUAAAUGUGCGUGUUUAGAUUAACGUCGUCAUGGACUUUAAAGCACUUUUAUACCGUGUAAGUGGAGCUGAGUGUAGCGUGUAGUUCGUCGCAGCGGUAAACCGGUGUGUGUAUAUAUAUAUAUAUAUAUAUAUAUAUAUAUAUAUAUAUAUAUAUAUAUAUAUAUACAGAGGAAUAGAAAAAAAACCAGCAGUGUUUCUAAUGAGCGACAGUGGCUAAUCGCGAACAGGAUGGAGGACGGGGAGCAGCAGCUCGCGCGGCGCGGAGACACCACCACCGCCGCCGCUGCUGUCGUAGGUCGCUAUCAGGAGCAGACGGAGGCGCGCGCGGAGCCGGCGGCGCGUGACGAACCGGGCGACGCGGGAGGAGCGCGCGACACGGCCACGGUGGAGCGCAGACAGCCACGCAGCUGCCACGACGCUGUCAGACAGAGAGGUACUGAGGUCAGCAACUUAACAAACCUCAGCACCCACGAUACAACACUGGAUAAAGUGCUGCUGCGUGAGGAGGUGCUGGCUCUGCAGGAGGAGGUGGCUGAGCUCAAGCGCAUGAAGGAGAUGCUGAACAAGGAGCUGGAGGAGUGUGGGGGCGGCUGUUCGGUCGAGCUGCUCUCUGCCGCUGAACUACGGGUGCAGCUCUCCCACCGAGAGCGAGACCUGGAUCGCGCCAGCGAAGCUCUGCAGGCGAUGAAGGCGGACCGGAAGCGGUUGAAGAUGGAGAAAGCCGAGCUGGUGAAUCAGAUGCAGCAGCUCUAUGCUACGCUGGAGAGCCGGGAAGAGCAGCUCCGAGACUUCAUCCGCAAUUACGAGCAGCACCGCAAAGAGAGCGAGGAUGCAGUAAAAGUGUUAGCGAAAGAGAAGGACAUGCUGGAGAGGGAAAAGUGGGAUCUGCGGCGUCAGACUAAAGAAGCUACUGAACUCGCAGUGGCCCUGCGAUCAGCACAGGAGCUGAAAGAGAACAGAAUCAAAGAGCUUGAAGCAGAACUUGCUAUGAUGAGUAACUAUGUGGCCCAGAAACUCGAGUGUCAGCUGUUUGUUCGAGCUCCCGAAAAGCCAGUCUCCCCCAGAAACAUGUCGGCUAAGCAGUCUUUGGCAACGCUCACUAAGGACGUUCCUAAGCGCCACUCUCUGGCCAUGCCCACAGAGGCUGUCGUCAAUGGCAACCAGGAGUGGGUGAUGCAUGCGGAGAUGCCUCUUACUGCAGCCAUCCGUCAGAGUCAACACAGCAUUUACCACACACUCGACAGACAUGUGUUAAAGGCUGUGCCCCAGUGUAUGUGCGAUGUUGACGGAGUGUGUGUGGCGCACGCCUCGGGCAGUCUCCGCCUCAGCCCCUGUCACUCGCGGCAACAGUCAAUGAUGUCAGACGCCUCUGCGCUGGAGGGAGAGCGAUCAUCCACGCCGUCUGAGCUCAACUCACCACGACACAGAACACACUCGCUCUGCAACUCUUUAGAAGAUCUGGAGGACCAGAAGAGGAGAAAGAAGAAGGAGAAGAUGGGCUUGAGCUCUCUGUCACGCGUCUUCGCCCGAGGAAAACAGAGGAAAUCUCUGGAUCCUGGCCUUUUCGACGGUACCAACACACCCGAGUACUACAUAGAGGAGGACGCUGACUGGUGAUCCAGCCACACUGACCUCUGUGUGUCCGUGUGUGUUUGUGCAAGUGAAAGAGUAUCAUUAUGAGCCUCUGCGGUGUGUGUGUGUGUGUGUGUGUGUGUGUGUGUGUGUGUGUGUGUGUGUGUGUGUGUGUGUGUUCUUGCUCCUUGCAUUGCUGCUGACUACAAAAGCACAAGUUUAGAAGCACAAACUCAGAACAGUCCUGCAGCGUGCCGACUCUACAUCUUCUAACCUUUUCAUCCCUCAUCUACACUGAAGCUUGCUGUACUUUCUAUGGAAACUUGAAGGACCUGCUGGAUUUGUAAAUAACAAGUGCAUUGUAGUACAUCCCGUGCUUGUAAAUGUCUCGUCCUAAAUGCGUUCUGUUUAAUUUAACCUUGUCUGUGUGUGUGUGUGUGUGUGUGUGUGUGUGUGUGUGUGUGUGUGUGUGUGUGUGUGUGUUUUGGGGGGGGUGUCAUUGACCAAAUUCUCUAUGUUUUCCUGCUGAGAUGUGGCAGGCAGAUACGAUUCAGAGGCCAAGCACACUGAACGAAGAGGUUUAGCCCAUGUCCACACCACCUGGUCUGAGCCUCUCAUUAAUACACACGCCAACCACACACAUGCACAUCAAGGUCUCAGUGUAAUCCUCGCACGUCUACGAACCCACAAUACAUAUCCGUCUGCCUGCCAUUCUGACAGGGUGACGCUCUUAACCUGCCACACUGGAUAUGAGCUCCUCUUAAACACUGAUCCAUGACCAAUGUAGUCUGCUUAAUAACCAUCAAUGCUUUUUUAAACCCAAACCAAAUCUACUAAAAGAUCAGUGGCUUAAGGGAAGCUUUCCUUCUUCUCCUCCUCUGAUGUAGGAAGGGGUGUCAUGGAAACACAGCUGUCAUUGCUCCUAUGCAGAUGAAAUAGGAUUGCGUGUAUUUAACAAAGCCAGGUUUCCAACACUUCAUACGACUCGCUACUUGCUUUUUGUCGUUCUUUUCUUGUCCUUUCUUUUGUUUUUUUAGACAUUCUAUUCAUUCCAUGGCUAAAACUUGAUGUUGUGAAAAUGUGAAUACUGAAUUAACUCUCUGUGAGGGAGUAAUGUAGCUUUUAACAGUAAAGAACCUCUUCAUGGCUGUCUGGGAUUGUCUGAAAUCAUAGAGAUCUAAAUAGCAUGGAAACAAAUGUUAAAAAAAAUAACUAUUAUAGAAGUAAUUAUUUUGAAAUAAAACCAAUACUACAAACAGUCGA